GAUAAACACGUGGGGAGUUUGAACACAUCGCUACCUCGCUAAAGGUUUAGGUCCAAAUCUGAAGAUGACCAGUGAGGACGUGGAGCGGCUGCUGAUCCAGUUCCAGGAUGAAGAAGGGGAGGUUCUGGGCUCACCUUUUGAUGUGCCUCUAGAUAUCACCCCAGACAAGCUACAGCUGGUCUGCAAUGCCCUGCUACAGAAGGAGGAGCCAGUGCCCCUGGCUUUUUUUGUGCGUGGAGAGGCCGAAGUGGUGUCCAGUCUGGGCUCGUGUGUGCAGGCUCUUGGAGUCGAAACAGAGCAAGUUCUGCCAGUGGUGUACCAGCCUCAGGCUGUGUUCAGGGUUCGAGCCGUGGCCCGCUGUACCAGCACACUGCAGGGACACACAGAGGCUGUCAUCUCAACUGCUUUCAGCCCCACUGGCAAAUAUCUGGCGAGUGGUUCAGGUGAUACCACAGUGCGCUUUUGGGACUUGAUGACUGAGACGCCCCACCAUACUGCCAGAGGACACACACAUUGGGUACUGAGCAUCGCCUGGUCACCUGAUGGCAAGAAACUGGCUUCAGGGUGCAAGAACAGUCAGAUCUGUCUGUGGGAUCCAGUGACAGGUUUACAGAUGGGGAAGACUUUGACGGGACACACCAAGUGGAUCACCUGGCUCAGCUGGGAACCUCUACAUCUUAACCCAGAGUGUCGGUACUUGGCCAGUAGCUCUAAAGACGGCUCCAUACGAGUCUGGGACACUGUGUUGGGACGCUGCGAGAAGAUCUUGACUGGACACACACAGUCUGUCACCUGUGUGAAGUGGGGAGGAGAUGGACUUCUUUACACUUCCUCCCAGGAUAGAACGGUCAAAGUGUGGAGAGCAAAAGAUGGUGUCCAGUGCAGGACUCUGCAGGGCCACGCCCACUGGGUGAACACCCUGGCUCUCAGCACAGACUACGUCCUGCGCACUGGAGCUUUUGAACCUGCAACUGCCACAAUCAACCCCCAGGACCUCACUGGAUCAUUGGAAGAGCUGAAGGAGAAAGCCUUGCAGAGAUAUAAUAAAGUUAGGGGCUCGGCUCCAGAGCGUUUGGUGUCCGGCUCUGAUGAUUUCACCUUAUUCCUGUGGAACCCCGCAGAAGACAAAAAGCCUUUAGCCAGGAUGACUGGCCACAGCGCUCUGGUCAAUGAAGUGCUCUUCUCCCCAGACACCAGGCUGCUCGCCUCUGCCUCAUUUGACAAAUCCAUAAAAAUCUGGGACGGACGCACUGGAAAGUACCUUAUGUCCCUGCGUGGUCAUGUGGGAUCUGUGUAUCAAGUGGCAUGGUCGGCGGACAGCAGGCUGCUGGUCAGUGGAAGCAGUGACAGUACACUUAAAGUCUGGGAUAUAAAGACUGGGAAGCUGAAUAUGGACCUGCCAGGCCACGCUGAUGAGGUUUAUGCAGUGGACUGGAGUCCUGAUGGACAGAGAGUGGCCAGUGGUGGGAAAGACAAAUGUCUCAGAAUAUGGAGGAGAUAGCCACGCCUCUGUUUCCCCUCCUAACUUUGGCAGAGGAUUUCACAUCUUCUACUAUCAAGAGGCCUGACAGCUGGAGCAAAGGUGCCUCGGCUGUACUUAAUCCCCCAUUUGGCUCCAUUACACUGUCUGUCAACAACGGCAUUGUUUCAUAGAGCGUAAAGUAGUCAUGAUGCAAAUGCCCUCUCCGGGUUUGAAACCCAUGUGGGAAUAUUAAUGAUGUAACACUGUAAAGGUGUUAAGCAGAGUGGGAAUGUGAAAUGGGAGAAUUUAUAAUCAUCAGAAUUUACAUUCAUUGAGAUCAUUGAAAGUGGAAGCAACAAUGUAUACAUCGGGGGCCCCAACAUGUAAAGAACUGAGUUUAAAGCCUUAUUACAGUGCCCCACACACAUGCAGAAACCACAGACAUUAUGUAUUUAAAAACAUACACACAACUUCAAUUUCUGAAUACAGAAUAUAUCCCUGUGAAACGUGAGGCACACAUUGAGAGAUCAAACAAAGGAUUUAACCUACAAGAUGAGCUAUAUACUGCAGGUGACAGGUGGACCAGCGAGGCAACAGGUGGGAGUGUUUAAUACCUUCCUCUGUGAUGUCAACACCAGCCGCACUCACCCUGCACCUUCAGCCUUUAAUCUCCUCUGUCCUGUGCUCAGCAAAGCCUCAGCCCGCUGAUUUCUUUCUGGCUCUACGGUGAAGCCAAGUGUCACCAGGUGUGACCUCCCUGAUCCUCCAUCCCAUUGAGGAAAAACCAGGUUCAUCCUUCCAGUCAGAGUAACCAGUUUUUUUUUCUGUAUUUUACCUGCUUUGUGAAUAUUUGAUAUGAACAAAUAUUUACAUAACAGCUUUUACUUAGUGAGGCAAAACCAGGGAAAUUGUACUUACAUUAUCUGACAUUACAUGUCUACACUGUCUAUAGAAGCAGCUUUAAAGGGUAAGUUUAGUAUUUUUCAAUGUUGAGCAAGACUGCGGUGAAACAGGCUGCAGUGCAACCACAAGGGGCAUGUUUGCACCAUUGAUUUAUGUUCACUGAAAGUAUUUUUGGCACUGACAGGCUCAGAUUGACACAGAUAAAAUGAAGCCAACAUGUUUUGGCCCCACAGCCUUCAUCAGGGCAUGACAAAGAGAGAGGUGCGACAUUACUAUCAAACCUAUGCUGUAAUUAGUCAGAUGAACAUCAGCUGGCGCCUGCUCCUCCAC